CUCUCGACGAUCCAUCGAGCAAUACCUCGUUCGACGACUCGAGUUUUCGUCGUACUGUUCGAUGUGUAAAGCACGCCGUCGUGCAACGGCACCCUCGUGCAGUGCGUGAGAACGUGAUAUAUACGGUGCGCCACGCGUGAAUUUUCGCUCUCGUUUUUCCCGUGGGUCAGUAAUCCGUGGACGAAAACACGGCGAUUCGCGGUCAGAGGUGUCCGGAGAGAAUGGUUACGGUGACGGCAGUGCUGACAGUGCCAGGAAACAUAGAAUGCCGGUGUCGAUGUUUCACGAUCGUGGAAACGAUAGACGGUGCCCGCCCAACGCGAACCGGCUGACUAGUUUCCCGUGGAAAUCGUAAAAGGACUCGGGCGGUGGGACAGUGUCUCUAGUUCUAUAUCCCGUUCCUGUCAUCGACGACAUUGCACGGGUGCUCUCUGGUUGGAUUUUCGUUCGUCUGGUCCGUUCACCGUGUCUCGAAGGAAAUUCUGCAGCAUCCUCGUCGGACGAUCGAUCGUCAUCGAAGCGUUUCGAACGUUUUUACGUGCAUCGACGAAGCGACCGCUGUCGUAAAAUUCGCGUUUACGGCCUCGAUAUGUUCUCUCGUCAACGACGAUCGUUAUAACGACGUCGCCCUCGUCGACGCGGGCGCUUCGACCGCCUGUACCCUUGCUUCUGACUGCGAAAACAACGAGAAAACCCACCUCGAACCGGAUCGAAGGCCGCGCUAAACCGUUCCCGAUUUUCGAAAGUCGCGCCCUGGGUGCCAUCUUCGACGAUCUGAAAUGUAUCGAGGUUUUGGUCUGAGAGCGUCGCCUCGAUACUGUCACGCGACACCGUCGCGGUACACGAAUUUGCCGCUCAUCGCUUUCGCGGAAGGACUCGGGCUCGCGGUGUCGCGGUGUGAUCCGGUGAACAACGAUUACGAGGAAACCGGAGGACUUCCGGCGGAUCUGCCGGCCGUACGAAGCGACUCGUAAAGACACGUGUAGUGGUAACGGCAACGUUAGUGAAUACAUGGUGUCGUUGAAAAGAGAAUGCCGAUCAAAGGACGCCGUCGUUCGGGGAUUAGCGAAAAAGCGGUCGUACGAAAGCAUCGUCGCCUAACGAAGGUAAAGAUAACGGGCUAAUGCCGUCCUGCACUUGCAAUGAUUCACGAGGACGAAGAAGAGGAGGGACCCAGGUGGAAAUAUGUAAGAGGCGAGGCGGACAUCGUCUCGUCGGCACGGCUCGAGUGCCACGAGGAAGAAGAGGUUGGCCUUAUAGAAGGUUUAUAGUUUGCGUAGGAUAGACGAUGAGCGUCGAGGUUGACACGCUGGAACUCGAGGUCUUCGAGGUGAAGGACUGCGACGAGGCCGACAAAGUCUCGGCACCGUGUACGACGAAAUCGGACGCCGAGGGUAGCCGAAAAGGAUCAACGACCGCGGCGUCGGUAUGCAACGACGAGGAAAAUGGCAGCAGCGCGCGGAAGAAAAAGAAGAAACGCCGGAAAACGCGUAACAAGCAGCAGCUGCAGCUGCAUCAUCUAUCGCAGGGAUCACCGGACGGCAAUCAGCACCCGCACACGGUGGUGAACCUGCCCUCGUCGUCGGACGAGGUCGAGGCGGUCGGCGAAUGCUCGAAACGAGAUUCGUCGAGCAGUUUGGGCGGAGCCAGUCGCCACAACACCCUACGGGAAUCUUUGCUCACGGUGCUGGGUAAGCUGGUGAUCUGGAAAGGCACCAGAUACCGCUCGGCCACUGCUGCGUCCUCUUCGUCGUCGGCGCCGCCGAAUUCACCACCCGCUACCGAGUGUAUCGGCCGUAGCACAUCCUUUUUUUCCAGCGAAACGGAGAGGAGAAUUCGCGCCAAUAAUCGCGAGUUCAACUCACAGUUUAAUUAUGCGAACAACUACAUCAAGACGUCCAAGUAUUCGGUUCUGACGUUCCUACCAUUAAAUUUAUUCGAGCAAUUUCAGCGGCUCGCUAACUUUUACUUCCUAUGCCUGCUGGUGCUUCAGAUGAUCCCCGCUAUCUCCUCCUUGACCCCCAUCACUACAGCCAUACCCCUUAUAGGGGUGCUCAUGCUCACUGCCAUCAAAGAUGCUUACGACGAUUUUCAACGGCACAGCAGCGACUCGCAAGUUAACAAUCGUAAAUCGCAAACUUUGCGAGGUACUAGUCUUCGGGAGGAGAAAUGGUCGCAAGUUCAAGUAGGCGAUGUAAUCAGAAUGGAGAACGAUCAGUUCGUUGCUGCCGACGUUCUUCUUUUAUCUACUAGUGAGCCAAACGGUCUUUGUUACAUUGAAACUGCAGAAUUAGAUGGGGAGACGAAUUUGAAGUGUCGGCAGUGUUUAGCCGAAACUGCUGAGAUGAUGGACAACCACGAAUUGAUUGGUCAAUUUGAUGGGGAGAUUGUUUGCGAAACUCCUAAUAAUUUGUUAAAUAAAUUUGAUGGUACUCUUACGUGGAAAGGGCGAAAGUAUGCAUUGGACAACGACAAAAUUAUAUUACGAGGUUGCGUGCUGAGGAACACGCAAUGGUGCUAUGGUGUGGUCAUCUUUGCAGGCAAGGAUACCAAAUUGAUGCAAAACUCAGGGAAGACCAAAUUUAAGAGGACCUCUAUAGAUAGGCUGCUGAAUUUUCUCAUUAUCGGGAUAGUGUGCUUUUUACUUUCUAUGUGUUUGUUCUGCAUGAUCGGAUGUGGUAUUUGGGAGAGCCUCGUGGGCCGUUAUUUCCAAGUGUAUCUACCCUGGGACUCGUUGGUGCCUAGCGAGCCCAUGGGCGGUGCCACAGUGAUCGCUCUACUUGUGUUCUUUUCUUACGCUAUUGUAUUGAACACAGUGGUGCCAAUCAGUUUAUAUGUGAGUGUGGAAGUUAUCAGAUUCGUUCAGUCGUUUUUGAUUAAUUGGGACGAGGAGAUGUACCACGCACCUACGAAUACACACGCUAAAGCAAGGACUACCACGUUAAACGAAGAGUUGGGGCAAAUAGAAUAUAUAUUUUCCGAUAAAACCGGAACACUAACGCAGAAUAUUAUGACUUUUAACAAGUGUUCUGUAGCGGGAAAAUGUUACGGGGACGUUAUCGACGAAGUUACCGGGGAAGUCGUCGAUUUAAGUGAGACGGACAAAGCUGCUCAAACACCUACGAUGCGAUGGAAAAAUGGACAAGAAUUUGUUCAAGUUUAUGCACCAAAAAGUGGUCCAAACGUACGUCUACUGGAACAUGUGGAUAGGAUAACCAGUAUAAUUCCAGAACCAGGCAUCUAUGGCAGCCCGAUGAUUCUACAUAAACUUUCAACAGUGCCACCGUUGGAUUUCUCGUUCAACAAGGAUUACGAACCGGAAUUCAAGUUCUACGAUACCGCGCUGCUCGAAGCCGUGAAGCGGAACAAUGAAGAUGUUCAUAGUUUCUUUCGAUUAUUGGCGCUUUGUCAUACCGUUAUGCCGGAAGAAAAAAAUGGCAAACUAGAAUAUCAAGCACAGUCGCCGGACGAGGCUGCUCUUGUGUCUGCCGCCAGAAACUUUGGUUUCGUGUUUAAGGAAAGAUCUCCGAAUAGUAUAACGAUCGAAGUUAUGGGUAAACGCGAGGUAUACGAGUUGCUUUGCAUUCUGGAUUUUAAUAACGUUAGGAAAAGAAUGUCUGUAAUUUUGAGGAAGGACGGGCAGCUCAGGUUAUACUGCAAAGGAGCGGAUAAUGUUAUAUACGAACGAUUGAAAAAAGGCAGCGAAGACAUGAUGGCAACGACAUUGGACCAUCUUAACAAAUUCGCUGGUGAGGGCUUAAGAACAUUGUGCCUUUCGGUCAGAGAUCUGGACGAGCAGUUUUUCAACGAUUGGAAACAACGUCAUCAAGAGGCUGCCUUGAGCCAGGAAAAUAGGGACGACAAAUUGGAUGCAAUUUACGAAGAAAUUGAAAAAGAUAUGACCUUGUUGGGCGCUACCGCCAUUGAAGAUAAGUUGCAGGACGGCGUACCUCAAACGAUCGCUAAUUUAGCUCUUGCUGGUAUCAAGAUUUGGGUAUUAACUGGUGAUAAACAAGAAACGGCUAUCAAUAUUGGUUAUUCUUGCCAAUUGUUGACGGACGACCUUACAGAUGUAUUUAUAGUGGAUUCUACUACUUACGAUGGCGUCGAAAAUCAGUUAUCGCGGUACUUGGAAACAAUCAAAACAACAUCCAGUCAUCAAAAUCGGCCAACUCUCUCCGUUGUCACAUUCAGGUGGGACAAGGAAAGCAGCGAUACUGAAUACAAUCCCAGCAGAGAUGAACAAGACGAACACGAAAUGGAACAAGCGACAGGAUUCGCAGUAGUUAUUAACGGGCAUUCCUUAGUUCAUGCAUUGCAUCCUCAACUUGAACAACUGUUUCUCGACGUAUCAAGCCAAUGCAAAGCUGUGAUAUGUUGUCGCGUGACACCCUUACAAAAAGCAAUGGUUGUCGAAUUAAUAAAAAAAAAUAAAAAUGCAGUCACUUUGGCAAUCGGUGAUGGAGCCAACGAUGUCUCGAUGAUAAAAACAGCUCACAUUGGCGUCGGUAUCAGUGGUCAGGAAGGAUUGCAAGCUGUAUUGGCAUCCGAUUACUCGAUAGGGCAGUUUAGGUUUUUGGAAAGAUUGCUGCUCGUUCAUGGUAGAUGGUCCUAUUAUAGAAUGAGCAAGUUUCUUAGAUAUUUUUUUUACAAGAAUUUUGCGUUUACACUAUGCCACAUCUGGUUUGCCUUUUUCUGUGGAUUCAGCGCACAGACUGUAUUCGAUCCUAUGUACAUUUCUGUCUACAAUCUCUUUUAUACGUCGUUGCCUGUAAUGGCAGUUGGUAUCUUCGAUCAAGAUGUUAAUGAUAAAAAUAGUUUAUUGUAUCCAAAACUCUACGCACCCGGAUUACAAAAUUUAUUGUUUAACAAGAAGGAAUUUUGCUGGAGUGCCAUACAUGGUUUUUUUGCUAGUUGCGUAUUAUUUUUAGUUCCGUACGGGACGUAUAAGGAUGGAGUAUCACCAAAGGGCUAUGUACUUUCUGAUCAUAUGCUACUGGGAAGUGUCGUAGCCACUAUAUUAGUCAUAGUUGUGACUGUUCAAAUAGCCCUCGAUACGUCGUAUUGGACGAUUGUUAAUCAUAUCAUGGUUUGGGGCUCGCUCAUUUGGUAUUUUAUUUUAGACUAUUUCUAUAACUUCGUCAUAGGCGGUAGCUACGUUGGCAGUCUUACUAUGGCUAUGUCCGAAGCAACGUUUUGGUUUACGGCGGUCAUUUCGUGUAUCAUAUUGGUAAUACCUGUACUGUCGUGGAGAUUCUUCUUCAUAGAUGUUAGGCCAACUUUGUCUGAUAGAGUUAGGCUUAAGCAGAGGUUGGCGCAACUACGUUCCCGCCAAAGUCAAGACAUACUUCGUACACCGUCUACCAGACGGACGCGACGAUCUCUUCGUUCUGGAUACGCUUUUGCGCAUCAAGAAGGUUUUGGCAGGCUCAUUACGUCCGGGAAGAUUAUGCGUAAAUUACCAAACGGUGCAGAUUUCAAGUUUGCCAUGCCGUUUACGAACAAUACCAGCAAACAAGUUAGUGUUGCUACCACGUCACCAAAGGACAAUGCAUCAAAAAAUUCGCACACACUGGAUACUAUUAACCUAUAAUCUGGACAUUAUAUUAAUGAAAUUUAUGUGUUUCUAGAGUGAGAUUUGUCGAUCAAGAAUUGAGGUAUUAACUGAAUUUUUGUAUAAUAAAAGUUGGACUUUCAAUAAUGAUACGAAUGGACUGAAGAAUAAUUUUACAAAUAUUUAUAAAACAAAAUUGUGAAAUCAUCUUCAAUAUUGGAAGCAAACUGUAUCGUGCUAAAAAGUAUCCAUGUUCGAGAAAUUGUGAACAUAUUCUUCUCUACACUCAAAAAAAAAAAAAGAUUCUAGUGACCUAGAAAAUGCACCGUCUAUAUUUUUCGUCUAAACUGAUUUAUAUAUACAUUUAUUUUGUAACACUUCUUGCUAAGUAGUAUUUGGAGAUGUGAUAUUAUUAUUACGGACAGCUAUAUCAUAAUGUAUGUAUUACUUAUUUUAAAUCCCUAAAUGGAUAUAAUUUCAUUUUCAUUUGCAAAUAACAUCCUUGUCCUAGAAUCGGGAUGCCAUGAUUUUUAAAUAAUAUGAAGUGACAUUACCUACGAUGUUACAUUUAUAUUAAAAGAAAUUCAAAUAGUGCGUAUUAAAAUACAAGCUUCUACCAACUACUUACGUUACUGUAAAUUAUUUUUAAUUUUAUAAUUUGAGACAUUAGAGAAUUUAUUAGUCUGCGAACGAAAUGUACUGAUAUUGUUUAAAGAUCUUGGUAAAUAUUGACUUAAUGUAAAAAAUAAGAAAUUAAGAAAUAUAAGGUAGUCAUAACAUGUUGUUGGUUGCAUAAGUUGUUACAUAUGUUACUUUAAAUACUGAAUCAAAUGUCUAGAAACAAAAUGCGAGAGCAAAUUGUCUGCUGCAUGUGCUCUAUAGACUGCGCAUCAAUUACUGCUUAAAAAUAUUUGCUUAGGACAUAGUAUAACUUAAAGGACAAAACUAUUGUACUCGUAAACACGUACAAUUGUUAAAUCUUCAUUGCAUUUCAUGUCCAGUGAAUAACCCUUUAAAGCAAUUUCAACUACGUUUCCUUCAUGGGAUACUAAUAUAAGACAAUAAUAUCAACAAUUAAAAAGUAUAAAAAUGUAAUUGAUAAUAUCUACGUCUUGAUUUGAUAUUUCCCAUUUAAAAUACAUUAUACUAAUUGCGUUUAAAUUUGAUUUCUUUAACAUUUAAAUAUAUGUAUAUGUAUAUAUAUAUAUAGGGGCGAAAAAAUUUUGUUUUUUUUAUGAUACUAUGUCCUAUGUACUAUUUCUAAUAUAUCCUACUUUUAUGUAUUGAACAAUGCAUCCUAUCUAAAAUCUGAGCCCUACAGGAUUAAGGAAAGUUUUACAAGCAUGUUAAACAUGUAGGGCCAUGCAGAAGGGCAAAAUAAAAACGCUAAUGUUAUCGAAUACAAUGUUCCUUACAAAGUGCACGCAGGAUAGGGAGGUAGUGUGUACAAACAAAAAAAUCAUUAAAUCUAUUAAUUGUUAUGUUACAUUUAAAGCGGUGGUGACUUUAAAUGGAUUAUGUUAUCGAGCAAUGUAUUAAUCAAUCAAUUGACAUUAUUUCUUUGCAAUUUCUACAGUUGUCACGCUCAAAUAUAUUCAGUUAUGUAUUAACACAUUGUCACAAAACGAUAGAAAGAAGUUUUCAUUUGUACUUUCAAUGAAACACGUCGAUACGAAAGAACGAUUUACUUUUUGUAAAUCGUGCUAAAUAAUGUUUUCUGGUUUUAUACUACACUCUGUGUAAUAUCAAUUUUGUAAAUCUAAAUAUUGCUUUAAGUAUAUAUCGUGUACAGUAAAAUCUACUUCUUAAGUGUAUUAUUUUUUAUGUGUAAA